AACUUUAAAUUUUAUUGUAAACAUACAAAAUGUCUACUGACACUGAAACAGACUUCGACCAAGGCAUUUUUACUGACCCCAAAAUAGACAACGUACAACAGAUGGAGAACGAUUUACAAAAUCCAUUGGAUUUAUUAAUUUCGAAUGAAGUGCUGGAUAAUGUAAAAAUUUACGAUUCCACAGUAGAAAUUGUUGGGUAUGUGGACGGCAUUGAGUCUCCCCGAUUAGUGGGAGACAAGCAACAAUAUAAAUUUUUUAAAUUCUUUCUUAAUAACGCAAAUGGGAGACGUGUUCAAGUCGUAGCCUGGAACGAAGAAAUAAAAAACGUUGAAAGUAUAAUUAUACCAAACCACAUUAUGCAUUUAGAUGGAGUUCAGGCUCGCGCUCCUAAGCAUGCUAAUUUCAAUAAUGAAAAUGUUGCUUACAAACUUCAUAUAAAAAGUAACAGUAUAAUUAAUAGUUUGGGGAAAUAUGAGCCUACCAGCUCUUCAAGUCAUGGACCCAUACCAAUUUUAUUAAAAGAUGUUAUGAAUUCUUCUGGAUAUAUUCGUAAGCCACAAAUGUUUAUACAUAUAUAA